UGCCUGCUGGAUCUUCACGACUUGAGGCUCUGUGUUGCAACUGAGAGAUUUGGAAUCUGAUUUCCAGCGACUGCUCAUUCGCGAAGUCCCACCAGUUGCACUCCUCACCGCCUUUGACCGCAGAUCUUUCAUUGGACAGAUCUGUGAAAAGGUGGGGCAGCAUUCAUCCGUCCAAAAUUUUUUGGAGACAGUCGUGAACAUUAAGUUUCCGCGCGCAAACGUUGAUUCCGCCUGUGAAACGCGUUUGAGUGUCGCAGGGGCAACGCACGCAGCGGCCACGAAAGCAUGGCGGGGACGUCCAGCACAACCUCUUCUCUCACAUCGACAUCACGCACCCUGGAGCACGCCCCGGCCAUGGCGCCCGCGGCUGCGCUCACCGAGAGCGGAACGGCCGUUGCUGCCUUCCUCGACUCCAUCUUCCCCUCGAACCGCCAUGCCUUUCUGCUCCCGUCGCCUUUGCUUCCGGCCGGCUCUCUCCAGCUGGCCAAGGAGACGCUCGAUGCGCUGGCCGGCCAGGUCGCCGACCUGCAGCAGCUGAGAUUGCGAGAUGCGAGCCGGAAGCGCAAGCGGGAGGGCAGCACCCAGGACAAGGCCGCCGCUUUGAAGAUCAGAAAGCUCCACAUCGAUGGCUUCGAGACGGGCCAGGUGUGGCAGCAGACCAAGAAGAUCAUUACGAGCGCGCUCCAAGAGUCGACCCAAGUGCUCAAGGAACUUGAGGAGAACAAUGAGGUUGAGAACGGCACGGUAGGGGGUGCUGAGGACGCCAAGACGAUCGAAUUUGGCGACGAUGGCUUUGAGGUGGGCUCUGAGGAGGACGAGUCCGCUAGUGACGGCGACACCGACGAGUCCGACGGUGAAGGUGCAAGCCUCGAAAACGAAGAUGAGGAGAUGUUUGAUCUCGAGGCUGAAGAGGAUGUACAAGAGGAGGAGGCGGGCGAGGAAGACGUCGAAGAGAAAGGUCCAGGGGAAGAAAGCGAAGAAGACGGAGACGAGGGCGAAGACGACAACGAGUCCGCAGAGGAGUUUGUUCAGGAUCCCCACGGCCUUAACGAUGGCUUCUUCUCAAUAGACGACUUCAACAAGCAAACGCAAUGGUUUGAAGAGCAAGAUGCUCGCGCAGACCCAAAUACGGAUUUUGCUAGCGACGAUGAGUCAAUCGACUGGCACGCUGAUCCAUUCUCGGUCAAGAAGCCACGCAAAAGAGGGGAAGAGGAUGAAGAUGAGGACGAGAACGAGGGUAACGAGUCAGAAAUGAAUAUGGAUGACGAGGAAGAGGAGGGUCGGGGCGGCCUAGCUCUGAGCAAGAAGGACUUUCGGGACCUCGAUGGUGAUAGCGGCGAAGAAGAGGAGGGGAACCUGCAGGAUGACCUCAACGACUUGGGUCUCGACCUUACCGCCAAUGACAUCUUCUACGAUGACUUCUUUGCUCCGCCGCGGAAAAAGAAGAAGCCCGGCAGUUCUAAGAAGCGCGAAAGGUUGCCUGAACCGGCCAGGCCGGACGACGCCGACGUCGAGAGGGCCGAAAACGACGUUCGACGUGACCUCUUUGACGAUCUCUCCGAGAGAUCUGAUUCCGAGGACGCACUGUCAGACGUUUCGGCUGGUGACCCUAGGUCGCGCCGCUCGGCCCAUGAACGGAGACAAGCCAAGAUAGCGGAGCAGAUCCGCAAGCUCGAGGCUGAACUCGUUGCCAAGCGGGCCUGGACAAUGUCCGGUGAGGCGGCAGCGGUAGACCGCCCGGUCAACUCGCUGCUCGAGGAAGACCUGGAUUUUGAGCACGUCGGGAAGCCGGUUCCUGUCAUCACUGAAGAGGUCUCGGAGUCCAUUGAGGAGCUCAUCAAGCGCCGCAUCCUUGCCCACGAAUUUGAUGAGGUGCUCCGCCGGCGGCCAGACACUUUUGGCAACCCUCACAAUGCUCGCCGCGGGCUAGUCGAAGUGGACGACACGAAGGGCAAGCAGAGCUUGGCGGAGAUCUACGAGGAGGAGCACGUCAAGAAAGCAAACCCCGACGCCUACGUCAGCCAAGCUGAUGAGAAGCUGCGCCGCGACGAGGAGGAGAUCAAGAACAUGUGGAAGGAAAUCAGCGCCAAGCUAGACGCGCUCAGCAGCUGGCACUACAAGCCGAAGCCUCCGGCUCCGACGCUCACCGUCGUUACGGACGUCGCCACGGUGGCUAUGGAGGAUGCGCAGCCCACAACUGCGCAGGGUGUGGCUGGCGCCCAGAGCAUGAUCGCCCCGCAGGAGGUGUAUGCGCCCGGCAAGGACACAGCCGAAAAGGGCGAGGUGGUGGCCAAGAACGGCCUGCCGGUGGCCAAGCAAGAGAUGAGCCGCGAGGAGAAGCUGCGGCGGCGCAGGCGCGAGAAGGAGCGCAUCCGCAAGGCCGGCGGGAUCGAUGCCAACAAGCCCGCCAGCAAGAAGGCGCAGGCUCAGCGCGAGACCAUGAACGACCUCAAGAAGGGCGGUGUCAAGGUGAUAAACCGCAAGGGCGAAGUGGUCGGCCUGGAUGGGAAGAAGGUGGUGGAGCAGAAGGGGCCACAGAACAGUGGCGCCUUUAAGCUGUAGGACAGCCGCCCGAGCAGCACAGCUUGUACCUAUCAACCAGUGUCUGAGGAGAACUUCAAGGAGAGAGAGAGGUGCACAGCAGCGCGAAGGGCCUUGUCCUCCAGCAGCUGUUCAAGGUUGGGGUUUUCUUUCAUCCGCAAGGUGUGUGAUUAAUAUGCUUGUUGUAUCCGUUUGCCUGACAGGGA